AUGUCCUUUUUCGGCAGUAUCCGUGAGAAGGCAAUCAACACCUUCAAGCAGGCGGUCGAGCGGAACAAUCAAACUGGCCUCAACAAAGAUGAGUUAUUCUGCAAAGAGCACCGGCUUCCACCCGGAGAAACUGUAAUAAACGAGUCUGCCGUCGAGGUCAGCUACGGUACCGAAGUCGUCAAGGACGCAUACAAAAACUUGCGGUACCCACAAGGACGGCUCUAUCUAACGCAGCGAUUUUUGGUGUUCCAGGAUGUGUUUGAUGGUCGGAAUUGUUCGUUUGUCGUGCAUCUCUCUACAUUCAAGAAAGUGGAGCGGCUCCCCACCAGCUCGUAUGGGUUUGCACUUGAACUAAUCACGCACUCCAAGCUAUGCCUCAAACUAUAUUUAGUUGGGCUCCGCUCCGAGAGCGAGAGAUUCACGUUGCAGUUGAGAACUGCAUUGAAGGCCAAUUUGGCCAGCGUGAAAAACCUCCAACCGUUCAUAAAGUCCUGCUACUCGGAGUACCUACUUGCAAAAAACAAAGUGUCCUCGGAGAACGUAGAGAAAAUGCCUCCGGGCGGGCUCGGGCUCGACUUUAAGUUUCCGGGAAACCCGAAGGAAUUGCGUGAUCGAUCGAAGAUGAAACUAUGGUUCGACCUUUUUCGCUCCGAGGGCCGGAACCUUGCUUUGGUAAGAACCCCCAUGUUUUACAAACUCGUGCGUGUGGGCUUGCCUAAUCGCUUGCGAGGAGAAAUCUGGGAGUUAUGUUGUGGGUCGAUGUUUAUUAGAGUAGAUCUGGCAGGCGUGUACGAUUCACUCAUACGUGAUCAUGUAGGCCAGAGAUCUCUUGCAAUCGAUGAAAUUUCGAAAGACCUAUAUAGGUCUCUACCUGAAUAUGCGGCAUAUCAAGAACCUGAGGGUAUCGAACGCUUGCGUCGUGUCUUGGUUGCGUAUUCAUGGAAGAAUCCAGAAAUUGGCUAUUGCCAGGCAAUGAACAUCGUUGCUGCUGCGUUGCUCAUUUACAUGUCUGAAGAACAAGCCUUCUGGUGUCUUAGCACCAUCUGCGAAAGAAUUGUACCGGGGUACUACUCGAAGACUAUGUACGGCACGCUCUUGGACCAGCGAGUGUUUGAGUCUCUAGUCGAAGAAAAAAUUCCCAUUCUCUGGAGCCAUAUGCUCAAAUAUGACAUUCAGCUCUCGGUUAUUUCCUUGCCAUGGUUCCUAUGUCUCUACUUGACGUCCAUGCCCUUGAUAUUUGCCUUCAGAAUUUUGGACGUGUUUUUCCUACAGGGCCCGAAGACCUUGUUUCAAGUUGCGCUUGCCAUUCUCAAAAUCAACGGUGAAGAACUUUUGCAGGCCGAAGAUGAUGGCGCGUUCUUUCUGAUUCUCAAAGAGUACUUCAAUACCUUAGACCAACCCGCCCAUCCGGGAUCAAAUAGUCCGAAGGUUGCUCUGGCAACGAAGUUUCAAGAGCUUCUUGUUGUUGCCUUCAAAGAGUUUUCUGUCAUCACCGAAGAGACAAUCGAAAAACACAGGACGAAGCAUAGAAACACGAUCUUCCAAAACAUAUCAUCUUUUGUGAAGAGAACAGAAGUGAGGAAUCUCCCAAAGACCAUGAACUUUAGUCCUGAAAUUGUGGGGUUGAUUUACGACCGCUUUUACUCAAUUGUGCAGUCUCAAAUCACUGUCGGUUCAGGGUCGAGCUUCAUGGACUUCGAUGCUUUCAAGGUCUUCAUGAUACAAGUGUGCGACUUUGUGGACGAAGAGACUAGUGAGGAAGUAACGCUGAAACAGGAAAAGUUCUUGAAACGCUUGUUCAUAAAAUGGGAUACUCGAAAUACAGGUGAUUUGUCACUUGCGGAUCUAGUCGUUGGGCUACACAAGCUAAUGGACCCGGAUUUAUUGACAUCCAUUUCAAAUUUCUUCCAUCUUUAUAGUCUUGAUGACAAUGUGGAUCGAGAAGGAAUUCUUGACAUAUCGGAGGACUUGUUAUUCAUCACAAGUCCAUGGAAGGAAGGUCGUCUUUUGGACUCUCUCACAACAGUUGCUAUUGAAAAUGCUAUGGCCGACGAAAUUUACAGACAACAACAGGAAAAAGGGUCCAAUGGAGAAGAGAUUUCUUUACCAAAGGGUAUUGAUAUCGAUAGAGAAAAGAUCGAAAACGAACAGCUCGAACGAUAUUUAUCAUCAGCAAGCACCUUUAUUCAGCGGGCAUUCGAAUAUGCACAACCCAAAGAAGAGGUAAAACUACUUGAAGACUUACCUGUUGACCAUAGGCUUACUCAUAACGCUGCCCUCAAUCCCAAUACCCCGGUGUUUUUGAAUCUCCCGACUUUCAGAAUGGUCAUUUUAGCAGAUGAAACAUAUGAGUUAUUUUUUGAUACCACACUACGCGACUCUAUACACUUGGACGAACACUUGGACGCAAGGCUAAACACCAUGCGUAAUUUGCGAGAUAUGUUUGAUGGACUACUAGCUGAUGGUAAAGAAGUUGCUAAAAAGGUGCGUCGUCGCAUGGACUCCGCGGCUCAGCAGCCCCAUGUGCCCCACAAUGACAAUUCGUCAAUUAAGUCAGGCAAAAACUCGAAGCAUACCGACGACGAAGACGAACGCGACGACGACUUUGAUAUUAUUGAUAUUGAUGAUAGGGACAAAGAUCUAUUAUUGGGCGCGGAGGCACAAGCGCUCACAGACCACGUGCAUACUCAGAAGAAUCAGUUGCAAAAAUUUCAUGAGGCUGAGAAAGGAGAAGACCGGCAUGGCUCAAAGAAUAUGAUUGAGUUUGAAUCUUAA